AUGAAUAACAUUUCAAGCAUGAAAGGCUAUCAUCAUCAACAUAACCAUGAAGGUAAUCAUAACAAUCAACAACACCCAUCAUCUGCUGUACAAUCUUUAUUGAAUUCUUCCCAAAUAUCUCACGCUGAUUUUGAAUGUCCAUUAUGCUUACAAUUAUUAUAUGAUCCUAUCGGAUUUCAUUGUGGACAUUCCUUUUGUAAAUUCUGUAUAGAACGUUUAUUGGCAUCGAAUGGAGCAAUGAGUGCCUGUCCAUGUUGCAGAGCUCCAUUUUGUGAUUCAUCAAAUGACACUCAAUUAGUGACAUUGAAUAAUAUUAGGCCGCUUUUGGCAUUGAAGAAGGUUUUACCUCUUCUUUUUGGUGAUGAAUACAAGAACAGAGGAGAGGAAGUGGAACGAGAGCGACAGCACUUUUUACAAACUGUCACAAUACGUAAGAAGAUUUAUAUUGGUAAUUUACAUGCAUUAAUGAACCAUAGAAGUGAUCAAAAUAUUCACAAGUGGACGUUUUUCGUUCGAAUGGACGAGCAAGACAAGAUUGAAAAUUACAUUGAAUCAGUAGAAGUGAAAUUACAUCCAACUUUUAAACCCUCUAGGUUAUUACUUAAAACUCCGCCUUUUGAAUUGACUAGGUAUGGCUGGGGAUAUUUCACAAUCGGUGUAAAAAUAACAUUUAAGGAUUAUUUAAACAAGCCUCCUUUCAUAACGAGUCACACGCUAUCUUUUGACGGCAAUGGUGACAUGGCAUCAGUGGAAAUGGACUUUUUAAUAAGUCGAAGUAACAUGGAUGGAUUAACGUCUGCAUUACCAGCGACAUCCACAAACACCACUGAUAUGAAUGACGAGGAGGAUUAA